AGUAGCCAGGUUCCUGCCAAUAAGAUGGCUGUGGCAAUCAUAGAGGUGUUGUGGCUACCACACACCUGUCUGCCCUUGUCAUUCCCAUUCUAGAGCUGGUUGAAGCGGAGUGCACUAAUACCUGUCACUGUACAUAGUGUAUAUAGUGUACAUACUUCUAUUCUAAAUUGGUGAAGGUUAAUAUAUAUAAAAAGUUUUCUGCUGUGUUUAUUUUGCUCCCUUUACCCCCAGGAUAACAGGUUUUUGGGACUCCUGGCUUGUAAUAAUUAUUAUUAUUAUUACCUCCGUAUCCCCCAAACCAAAAUGGCGACCCUCCACUUUAUCCCCUCCUGACCCCCAAAAAACCCACUUUUCCCCAAUUUUCUCCGCUAAAGCCAUCCGCAACGCACAAACAACCACGCAGAAAGAUGGCACGGCUAACUCCGUGUAUUUCCAGACCCUCAGAUCCAGCAAUACGGGGAAGUGAACCAGCUGGGAGGCGUAUUUGUCAACGGCCGCCCCCUGCCCAAUCACAUACGCAUGCGCAUUAUUGAACUGGCGGGGCUGGGCAUACGCCCUUGUGACAUCUCCCGUCAGCUGAGAGUCUCCCAUGGAUGUGUCUCCAAGAUCCUAGCAAGGUACAACGAGACGGGUUCGAUCCUGCCAGGUGCUAUAGGAGGGUCCAAACCCAGGGUGACAACGCCUAAGGUGGUCAGUUACAUCAAGGAUCUCAAGCAGAAGGAUCCAGGGAUCUUCGCUUGGGAGAUCCGAGAACGACUGUUGAAGGACGGUGUAUGCGACAAGUACAAUGUACCCAGUGUGUCCUCUAUAUCCAGGAUUCUGAGAAACAAGAUCGGCAGCGUACACCAUCUUGGCAGUCAGGCACACUAUGAGGUGAAGCAUGCGGCAUCCUCCCUUUACAACACCCUGUACCCUGCAGCCGCUGCCUACACCGCCGCAGCUGCGGCCUACACCUCCAUGGCGCCUCCCAGCAUGCCGCAGGCGGCCACCAUGGCGCCUCCAGCCACCGCCACAUGCGGCAAGACCUCCACCACCCCCUCCCCGCCCGUCCCCAGUGCCGCCGCAUGCGGCAUGCGGCCGCACUGGCCCUCCCCCCACACGGUCUCGGACCUCCUGGGUCAUGUCAACAUGACUGGUCUCCCCAGGACCCCCUACAUGCAAGACCACAAUAACUACUACAUGUAUCUUCAGACCUGCGGGUCCCAGACCGCAUCCCCCCUACCACAUAACCCCCUCCCCUCCACCUUCCCCCAUUCGCCUCUCCCAAACGGCAUCCACAACGGGAUAAACGGUCUCCAGAACGGUUUUGGUAACCCGUUGAGCAUGAUGGGCGGGUCCGGACUGCCACCCCAGACUGCUACCCUCUAACAGGUGCCCAAAAUGAACUCGAAAUACCUUCAAAGUGCCCAAAAUGCCCUCAUAAAGCCUUCAAAGUGCCCAAAAUGCCGUCAGAAAGCCUUCAAAGUGCCCAGAAUGCCCUCAGAAAGCCUUCAAAGUGCCCAAAAUGCAUUCAGAAAGCCUUCAAAGUGCCCAAAAUUCCCUCAGAAACCCUUCAAAGUGCCCAAAAUUCCCUCAGAAACCCUUCAAAUUGCCCAAAAUUCCCUCAGAAACCCUUCAAAGUUCCCAAAAUGCCCUCAGAAAACCUUCAAAGUGCCCAAAAUGCCCUCAGAAUGCCUUCAAAGUGCCCAAAAUGAACCCGAAAAUACCUUCAAAGUGCCCAAAAUGAACCCGAAAAUACCUUCAAAGUGCCCAAAAUGAACCCGAAAAUACCUUCAAAGUGCCCAAAAUGAACCCGAAAAUACCUUCAAAGUGCCCAAAAUGAACCCGAAAAUACCUUCAAAGUGCCCAAAAUGCCUUCAAAGUGCCCAAAAUACACUUCAGAGUGCCCAAACAGGCUUCAACGUGCCAAAAAUGCUUUCAAAGUUCCCGAAAUGCACCCAGAAAGCUUAUAAAGUGCCCAAAAUGCCUUCAAGGUGCCCAAAAUGCUCUUAAAUAACCAGAAAGUUCUCAGAAGUACUCUCAGAUAGAAGCAGCAGUACUU